UUCUUUAAUGGGUUCAGCGAGCGAAGAUGAAGACGAUGAUGAUGAUCCACCACAUUUAAGGGGACCCCCUCUGGGUCUGGGUAUGUUAGGACCAAAUGGUCCAGACUCAGCAGGUGGACCAUUGGGAGCAUCAGAUAUUUCAGUACAAAGCAUGAGCACCGACAGCAAAAACACGCAUGACGAUUCAGAUCAGGGUUCCUUAGAUGGUGAUCCUGAUGCGAGAGGUGAUUCUCAAGCGGAAAAUAAAAGUCCUGACGAUGCCAACGGUUCAAAAAGAAGGGGGCCUCGCACAACGAUUAAGGCGAAACAAUUGGAAGUUUUAAAAACAGCAUUUAACCAAACACCGAAACCUACACGUCAUAUUCGUGAACAGUUGGCCAAAGAAACGGGGUUGCCCAUGAGAGUAAUACAGGUGUGGUUUCAAAAUAAACGCUCAAAAGAAAGACGCAUGAAACAAAUCACCAGCAUGGGUCGGCCACCGUUCUUUGGAGGUGCUCGUAAAAUGCGAGGAUUUCCUAUGAAUCUAUCGCCGGGUGGUUUAGAUGAUGGUCCCGGAUUUCCCUAUUUUGCGGCGGAGGGUAAAUUUGAAUUUGGCUAUGGACCACAUUUUCAUCCACACGAUGGACCCUUCUUUCCAGGACAUCCUGGAGGACCAAUGCCUUUCAAUGCGCCUGGCGGACCAAUGGAUCAUACGGGUCCAAUUCCUAUGGUUAAUGAAUUUGGCCUAACACCCGAAUCACAAUUUCUUAGUCAGACUGCCGGACCUCCCAUGAAUAUACAAUCAGCGGGAGGUCCGCAACCACCUCCGGACCAUCUGCUGGCCGCCCAGCAGCAACAACAACAAGCCCAACAACAACAGCAGCAGCAACAACAACAGUCACAACAAUCUCAACAAAAUGGCCCGCGUUCCGCAUCACCUGAAUUCAUGUCAGCCGCCAAUUUCAGUGAACCUCAAAAUAUGCAAAACGAAACGCUAGUUUGGUAAUAUUCAAAAGAGUUGGCAACACGUUUGCUACUAUUAAAAACUCUAGCCGAAUAUCAGCAACAGGAGGAUGUGGUUUGAAAUGAACUCAAAAUCAAACAAUUCAACGUUUAGAGGGCUGGUCCUUAUACAGAAACAAACAAAGUCGUCAUUCAAAGAUCAUGGAAACACAACACUCAAAUAUUUGCUAAAAAACUACUUUAAAUUUCUACUAUUUACUACUAAAAAAAAA